AGCAAGCUCCACAUGGAGGGUUUCCGCAGCCUGAAGGAGGGCGAAGCUGUUGAAUUCACCUUCAAGAAGUCAUCCAAAGGUUUGGAGUCCAUCCGGGUGACCGGCCCGGGGGGAGUCUUCUGCAUCGGCAGCGAGAGGAGACCCAAGGGCAAGAGCCUCCAGAAACGCAGAUCAAAAGGAGACCGGAAAUGGCCGGACGUCCUGGCAGUGUCCCCCGCACAGCAGUCCCCCAGCUCCCAGGGAAAACCUGCCUACUUCCGAGAGGAGGAGGACAUGCACGGCUCGGCCCUCCCUCCCGAAACCCGGGAAUGA